CCAGGGCUCAAAGCUUUCCACACAGGGCAAUGGCAGCGCUCCUUGAAGACUUCAGGGGCAGUGACAGUGGGAAUGAAUGAUGACUGGGCCCAGUGGAGCCACCAGGAGUGGAGCCACCAGGCCACGGGGCCAGCUGGUGCUGGGGCCUUGUUUAGCGGCUCAAAUGGCCCUAGCGGCCCUUCUGGUUCAACUGGCCCUUCUCCUUUCUCGGCCCCGGUCCUGCAGAUGAUGAGUCUCGCAAGCUGGCCGCCGUCGAUGGUUUCCAACAUGAUGCUCGGCCACCCUGUCCCCCUAAACCCUCAGGGGGAGCAAGCUGAGCAUGAAGAGAAGAGAUACGAUGGCACGGUGAAGUGCUUUUAUGGUGAGAAGCACACAGGCCAUGGCUUCAUCUUCUGCCCGGAGAUCUACAACCGCACCGGUCAAGACGUGUAUUUGCAUGCACGGCAAGCGCACCGUUGUGAAGUGGGAGAUGAAGUGAGUUUCACCGUGGUCUUCAAUUCCAGACGAGAGCCGCAAGCUCGAUCCGUCGUGAAGAAGGAGGAGGAAGGGAAGUUCCUGUCGAAGAAACGGGAGGAAGCCGAGAGGCAAGCGAACGCCUUGCAGAUGAAGCGACAGAGGCCGAGCAUGGCCUCCGCCGCUUCCGGCGCCUCCGGGGCCUCCGCCGGAGCUUCCUCCGACUCCGUGAUGACAGAGGAGCAGGCCAGGAAGUUCCAGAAGUCCCUCCAAAAGGGAAGGUGA